AUGUCGCUCGCAUCUGGUGUUUCCAUCGCGGAUGAGUGCAUCACUGCAUUCAACGACUUCCGCAUGAGCGGAGGCUCCAAGACAGACAAGACCAAGUUCAUCAUCUUCAAGAUCGCCGACAACAAGAAGGAAGUCGUCAUCGACGAGUCCUCCAAGGACGAGGACUACGAGGUCUUCCGCAGCAAGCUCGAGGCUGCUAAGGACAGCAAGGGUAACCCCGCUCCCCGCUACGCCGUCUACGAUGUGGAAUACGAGCUCGGCGGUGGUGAGGGCAAGAGAAGCAAGAUCAUCUUCAUCUCUUGGGUCCCCAGCGACGCUCCCACUCUCUGGUCCAUGAUUUACGCCAGCACCCGUGAAAACUUGAAGAACGCCCUCAACAUCCACAACUCCAUCCACGCUGACGACAAGUCCGACAUUGAGUGGAAGACCGUCCUGGCCGAGGCCAGCGGUGGCAAGGCUGGUAAAUAA